AUGGCCCCAAACACCGUCCCUCGUGUCCGUCGGACUGCGCAGAAUAUCCAGUACACGUACAAUCUCACUCGUCAUAUCCAUGCCGUCCAGACCUAUCCCGUCCUUUCGCCACAGGGCGCCACUAUCCUCAUCUACGGUCACGAAAAUGGCAUAACGAUAGUCUGGCGUGGAGGUCGCAAGUUCAAGGCCGAUGUCGUCAAGGAAGCCGGGCGGGGACUUACUGGAAAACAAAAUGGAAAGCCUCCUGCAGAUGCCGUGAUGAUCAUCGAUUCCGACGAAGAGGAUGCUGCGCCAGCUGGAAAAGGAGCAUCGUUUGUCGACCAGCCACAAUUUGAGGAAGAUAUCGAUGAGGAUGCACCAUACCCAGAAAUUGUUCAGACACUUGAUCUUGAGUUCGGCAUCGCUGUGCUUAAUCUUGCGGUAUUGCCUCUUACGCCUUGCACAGCCGAAGAUGCAGCAUGGGGAGGUACGGAGAUCCUAAAAGACCGGAUGGUAUUCGCUGCUUCUUGCGUAACCCGUGAGGUAUUUCUCAUUACUCUACCACUCGUCCCGCCCUCUCCCCUAAGUAAGGCAAGGGCAGAGCUACAGGAGAGUCUGCUGGCUGGAAAAGCUGGCAAUGGUAAAUGGGGUGAGACGAUGACCCUACUUGCCGGCCAAAUAAAAGGCAGUGAUAGCCUCGCGAUGACACUCAUCAGAUCAAAGGCUGCUUUGGAGCGAAAUAAGCCAGCCGAGCGAUCCCGUUCGGAAUCUAGAGCACUACCAAGAGUUGUAGUCGCGGCACACUCCCCCGAGGCCUCGGGUGCACUGCGACUAUGGGACGUUCCCCUAGAAGAGUCAUCUAAGACGGGCCAACGUAUUGAGCCUUUCCAGACCGAAUAUUUACCUAAACCUCUUACCUCGAUCUCCUUCAAUCCUACCCACUCAACCCAGGUGCUAUGUAACGCUUCGCCCGAAGCUGUCAGGAUAUACGACUACGCGCUUGCCUCGAUGCCACCCGACGAUUUAUCCGAAGGCCCGUUCCCUUCCCAGGGCUCUUGGCUCAUAUCAUUCUACCCACCGUUUUCUCGGCCUUCUUCGUCACGUAAACCAAUACUUGCGGCAUCAUGGAUCGCCCAUGGCCGAGCUAUUCUCGCACUACUUGCGGAUGGUCAGUGGGGCAUUUGGGAUAUCGAUGGUGUAUCUCCCCAAGGGCCGGCGUUAUUUGGUAGACCUGCAUCUGGCAUCCGUGGCGACGCAAUCACAGAGUUCAAUGUGACUGGGUAUGUUGAAGGCACAAGCCCUUUACGAAAUCCUGCUUCUCAACGCAACUCUGGAGGCGGUUCCGAUUUCGUGCCUAUGACCCCUCAUUCUAGGCGCGAUGCUCUUACGACCACCCACGGCCCUGAACGCCUGUCUUCUGUCAAGGGAGGCAUUGUGGUGACUCCACUGCCGGCUAGUACGACGACAACGGCUGAUGAGAGUGUUGCCUUAUGGAUUGGUGGCCCUGAGCAUAUCUUCAUCAUACCCGGUGUUCUGAAAUUCUGGGAUGCACAGAUUCGCAAAGGUGUCGGCGGUGGCGUUAACCUCUUCAGCGGCGCGCAACCUACUCGAAUGGUUCGGUUGAAUGAUCUGAGCGUUGGACUGAUGGGCGAACGUUGCACGGGUGUUGGCGCUAUCGUCCGUUACGUGGAGAAUGGUGGCGCAGGUUCAUCCGGUAACGAGGGCUUGCCCGUCGAAUUGUUGGUGUGCGGCGAGGCUCGCCUGGUGAUUGUUCGAGAGAGCGAAACGGUCGUCGGAACUCGAAUUGGUGGUGUGAUGGGUCGCCGAAAGAGGUUGAGCGAACGCGCAAAAGAAAACAGUGCCAUCGUUGUCUAUCCUCGACCAGCACAGCCUGGAAGUGUUGCUUACAAUUUAUCCGUCGGCCCUAGAAGAAAGCUCUCGAGAUCCGCGGUGGAUGGUGUGUUUGACGAGUCGUCAUCGAACGGCAAUUCCACGCAAGCGCCGACGGAACAAAGACCCAUGCAAUUACCGACGAGACCAAGAUCCGGCUUUUCUUUCGCGGAGAGUUUGAGCGCUGCAGCAGAUGUCGAGCAGCAGGACGAGGAAGACGAGAGAGACGUUGAGGUCGAGAUGCUGGACAUAAUGGAGAUAGAUCGCGAGCUGGACGCCCUCGACAGCGGCAGAGGAAGAGGCCGUAAGAAGGUGAUCUUCGACUCCUAG